AUGUUCAAUGUGCCCAUGGACGAGGCCUUGCCCUUCAACCUCCCGCUACUGACAGUGCCGGCGAUGUGUGCCCUCACGGUCAUCAAGCAGCAGUCCGGCCAGAACAAGCUGACCACGGCCCUCGACGCCCUGAGGGAACGGGGCCGAGGCGCUCGCAUCAUGGAGGCCGCUGGGACUGACUGGGUAGAACAGGCCCUGAAGAACAACGUGAAGGCUGUCUUUGACGAAGAGACAUUUGGUCUGCCCUGGAUGGUGCGUACCAGGCCCAACGGGGAGAAUGAGACCUUCUGGGGAGUCGACCACCUCGCCGUGGUGGCUGGCUUUCUCGGGCUAGAGAAGCCGAUUGUAGGUGUUUGA